AUAAUUUCUUAGUUGGCCAAUGACUUCACGAUGUUAUUUUAUUAUUAGAAAGUGUAUGUCACAUCUUAAUCGUAACAAAAAAGUCUUGAUACAUUUGUGUUGACCAAGAAUUAAGAAUUCAUUGUCGUUCUUGGCUACAAAUAUCUACCAUUUUCUAUUUCAUUACAUUGUUACCGAAUUACCAAAAUUUUAUAUAAACCUGAAAACAGAAUACAAAUAUGGUAAAUGUGUACGCGAAAUGACCGCACAUGCGCUUUUACUUCGAAUCGAUUUGUGCUCUAUACUGAAUCAUUUAUGAUUAUGAUUUUACAAUUUUAGUCUAUUGGAGAUGUUUGUUUGUUUUUUUUUGCCACACAUUUACAAGUUCACGUGCGUUUGUAUGUGCAAUGUUUUUAUUUUAUUGUACUCCUCAAAUGUUUCAGAAACAUUUCGAUAUUUGAAUGUCAUUGAAAUAUUCGUAUAUAUUGUAUUAGCACAUACCAUUAUCGUGGAGAAAAAAAAAUUAUAAAAGAAUUUAUUACGAGAAUUAGCACAGCUAGAUACGUAAAGGAAGUGUUUAGUUUCCAGUAAAUUAAAUUUAAAUAAAGUUCGGCAACAAUUGAAGCAAAUGCAGUGUGUUAAUUUAUUGAAUUUUAUGGACGACUAGAAAAAAGGGAAGUAGAAAAAAGUAAAAAUAUUGUUGGUGACGCGAACUCAAAAUCUGAGGUGUUAAUAAAACGAAUAAUUCAUUUAACGUGAUAUUUUGCAAUGAACUGGUGAGAGAUGGUUUCGAUUGAAGGAGAUUGACAUAUUUGUAUUUUUUUCCUUUUGAAAAACCAAAGAAUUAUCUUGCAACAGUCCUUCAAAAACAAAAAAAAAAAUACUUAUUUUAUAGAAAAAAGGAAAUGGAAAAAAUUCGAGUCGAUGGAGCAAAUGGCAUUCGAUUUUCAACACGUAAAAUAUUUUCGUCGGGAAAUGGAUUACCGUUUAAUGGAGCAUUUACCAGCACUGCUGCAUCAGAAUCAAUUUCCCGUAUUCCAAAGACAGAUAUCAAUCCGAAUAAGGCUAUUUUUACAAUUGAUUCAAAGUCGUCAAAUAUUUUAAUUGUAAAUAAUAAAGCAUGCGAAUUGCUUGAUUAUCGUCCAAGUGAACUAUGUGAUAUGCAAUUUUUAUCGUUAUUGACAAACAAAACAAAUAAGAAGAGUUAUGUGUCGGCAUUGGCAGAAGGUCAGCUCAAUACGACCGAUGGCACCAUGGUGCUGCUUAGUGGAAAAGUUGUUGAAAUGACAACCAAAAAAGGAUCAAAAGUAGCUGUUAGUUUAUGGAUCCGACAAAUUGAUGCAGAUGUUGGACGGAUGCUGUGUGUUGCAGAACCAGUACAACGUCGCAUCGCUCAGAUUGUUGUGGAUAAAAAUGGCAAAAUUAUAUCUACUGAUGAUGAAACAUUUAUGUUAUUUCAAAUUGAUACCGAUGAAAUUUAUGGAUCCGAUAUUCGACAUUUGAUUCCAGCCAUUCAAUUGCCUAAUGCAGAAAACUCAUCGAAUCAUAAAACAAUAUAUAAGCAAAAAGCGACGGGUAAAGCCAAAGAUAAUUUAAGCUUUCCACUGUGUCUAAUGAUUGCGCCAAAGACUGAGGCUGAAUCAGCAGCAACGAGCGUUUCCUCAGACUGUGGCAUUGGUGGCGAUUCAAUACCAAAUACGUAUGUGAUAACAAUCUGGGUCUUUCAAAAUAUUAGUGGCUUAGUGGUAAUUGAUGAGAGUGGUUCAAUAGAAUUGUGUAACCAUCAUUUUUCAAUGCUUAUGUUUGGAUAUGCACAAUCGAAAAUAACACAAUUACACAUUACAAAUCUUAUUCCAAACUUCGCACAAGAGCUGGAAUAUCUUGACAUUGGCGACUGGAACUGCAAUGGUCGAAGCCGUAACAUAACAUUUUCUUCAAUGGAUAACGAAUCUGAAACGGAAACUGAUCCAGUUUAUUAUGAAGCAGAAUCAUUCUAUGCCACUCCGGUUGGUACUACAUCUAAUCAUAGCCGUAGCAAAUCAACUAAUGAGAAUGAAAAUUCAAUCUACGAAAUGUCUAGUUCAGUGAAUAAAAUUAAAAUUCCAUUUACAUCGAAAGCAAUUAGCGAACCAAUAGAUAUACCAAAAUUAGAUUCACUUGUGCAACGAUUCAAUGUAAAUGAUGUGGCUGGCUUAAAAAAUAAAACACAAAUAGUCGGUAAGGUUGAAGUGACCAAAUUUCUUACCA